AGAUAAAAAUAUUUAUACUGCGUUCGUUGAUUUUUUUAACUUCAAAUUUGGUUGUAUAGAAUCAAAAUCAUGAAACAUUCCACUAUUUUAUUUUUAAUAUUAGCAUACGUUCUACUAGCAGACGCCGCCCUUAAUUUAUGCUAUAAUUAUAGAAAAACCUCUCUAAAAAAUAACAAUGAUCCCGAUUUCUAUGUAGAUAAGUUGGAUAUAGAUAUAGAUCAUCCAGCUGCAUGGGUGAAAGGUGAACUUACAAAUUUAUCGAUAUGGUUCGAAGAACCGAUAGCAACUGCGAAUUUUGGUCAAUUAUUUAAUUUUACAUAUCCUAAUCUAACCGUUUUGGCAAAUUACGAUAUAACCGGAAAUAUAGGCGACCUAUUUGAUAUUUACGGAAGCGGAGACUGUAAGAUCCAAAUGUUCAACUUUUCAUUAUCACUCAACAUUCUCGAGAUCAACAUAAACCAAACGACGGUUUGUAUGAAAGUUGUCGUGGAUGUGGACGUUCAACAAACUCCGAUCGAAUUCUAUAACUUUAUGGACGGUGCCGAGUUGCAGGAUCUAUUUAACAGAGCGAUGAAGUCUAUAGUACCUGAUAUAAUAAAAAUUGUAUGGGAGGAAAUUAGAACAGCAAACGAACCAGAAAUAGAAGAUUAUAUUAAUAAAAUUAUCAAUGGUCAAUGGCCACCUACACCAUUUCAAAAAAUAGUGGAUACAUUGUUGGAUAAACAGGGAGUCUUAAACAUGAUUUAAUUUAAUUAAGUCAAUAAAUAAAUAAAAUUCAUA